GUGAUGUUUUAGUACACGAUAAAAUGGACAUACGAAUUAAAAUAUUGGUACGUCUCGACCAUUUUUCUUGUAUAAUAUUAGAACUGAAAGUAGAAGAAUAAAAAGUAUUAUUUAGGAUAAUUUGGAAAAACUUUUGCCACCGAAUUUUGCUCUCAAACUUUUCUUUCCCUUUUCUCUCAACAAUUGUAAGAUAAAAGUUGAUGAGACCCACCAACAUUUUUUCUCCAUCUCACUUAACAUCCCAAAAAUCCUCCCUAACAAAUAACUGAAAUUAACUAAUUUUCGGUCAAAAAAAUAUCCAUUUAUUUCUUUCCCUCCACUUUUCAUUCAUAUAAGACAAAGUGUUGGUUCUGUUAUGUAAAUAUUGAUCAAGAAAUUAACGUUAGCCAUGAGAAGCAGAGCUUUUCACUCUUUAACCACAGCCCGCCGCCAUAUUCAUACCUACCCAACGGCCAGUCUCGCCACCCACCUUCACAAAAACGAUGAGCCCACAGUCUCCAAGAAGAACCAAAACAUUCGCUCCUUCAAUAAAAUGCUUGCUUUACACAUUAGAAGCGGCCGAUUACAACAUGCCCACAAGUUGUUCGACGAAAUGCCUCUGAGAGACUUGGUUUCCUGGAACACCAUGUUGUCGGGAUUGAGGAAGAGUAAGGACCCACAUGGAGUGUAUGGAUGUUUGUUAGGGAUGCGAAGAACCGGUCUUAGCCCCAAUGAGUACACGAUCUCCACGGUUCUCAAGGCGGUGUUCGGUACGGAGUUUAAUGUUUUGGUCUUCCAGCUUCACGCGUUUGUGAUUCGUGUCGCGCUUAACUCGUGCUUGUUUGUUGGGUCAGCGUUAAUGAGAGGCUACGCAGAUGUGGGUGAUCCGGUAGUGUUAAGGAGGGUGUUUGAUGAGCUUUUUGAGAAGGAUGUUUCUUCUUGGACCGCGUUGGUUUCGAGUUACAUGAGAAUAGGAUGGUUGCACGAGGCUGAGAGGGUUUUUGAUACAAUGCCGGAGAAGAAUAUAGUUUCUUGGACAUGUUUGAUGAAUGGAUAUAUUGAUAAUAAGAAGAUCAAGAAGGCGCGCACAGUCUUCGAUAGAAUGGGGGAGAGGAAUGUGAUUUCUUGGACUGCAAUGAUCAAUGGUUAUGUGCAAAACCACUAUUUUGCUGAUGCAUUGCAGCUCUUUGCCUGGAUGUUGAGAUCAGGUACUCGACCUAAUGAUUUUACAUUUUCAAGCGUGCUAGGUGCCUGUGCAGGCUGUUGUUCGCUUCUCACAGGCCAGCAAGUUCACUCAAGCAUCUUGAAGUCCGGAGUACCCGAUGGCAUUGUCAUGUCAAGCUCACUUGUAGAUAUGUAUGCAAAGUGCGGAGAUGUUGACGUGGCACUUUGUGUCUUUGAUGCAAUGCCUCACAAAAAUGUGGUCUCGUGGAAUUCAAUCAUAGGAGGCUACGCAAGACACGGGCUUGCAAUGAGAGCACUGGACGAGUUCGAGAGAAUGAGAAAGAGCGGCAUCAAGCCAGAUCAAGUUACAUUCGUGAAUGUGUUAUCAGCUUGUGCACAUGGGGGAUUGAUAGAACAAGGCGUGAAACACUUUGGUUCCAUGGCGGAAAGCUAUGAGAUCCAACCGGAAGUAGAGCAUUAUGCUUGCAUGGUUGACCUCUAUGGCAGAGCAGGGAAGCUAGAGGAAGCUGUGAAUUUGAUCAAAGGAAUGCCUGUUGAGCCAGACAUUGUCGUGUGGGGUGCAUUGCUUGCGGCCUGUGGCUUGCAUUCGAGUUUAGAAGUUGGUGAGUUUGCGGCCGAGGGAAUGAAGAAACUCAAAAAUGAGCACCGUGUGGUCUAUUCAAUGCUUUCAAAGAUUCAUGGGGAGAAAGGGUCUUGGACCAUUGCGAUUGAGUUGAGGGAGAUGAUGAAAAGAAAGCGUGUUUGGAAGCAAAAUGCUGGUAGUUGGGUUGAGUCGCACUUUGCUCCAUUUUGA